GCCCGGGAAACCCCGCGCGCCCCCCCUUUCUCACCAGGCCUCGCCGCCGCCGCUGCGUCGCUCCUCUCCCCGCGCCCUCCGCGUCGCCACCUCGCCAGCCUCGCACGCAGCAAUGCCGCCCAAGGGACCCCCACAGUCCGUCCAGGUGUUCGGGCGCAAGAAAUCCGCCACGGCCGUGGCGCAUUGCAAGCGCGGCAAUGGCCUCAUCAAGGUGAACGGGCGGCCACUGGAGAUGGUGGAGCCAGCGACUCUGCAGUACAAGCUGCUGGAGCCGAUCUUGCUGCUGGGCAAGGAGCGGUUCUCCGCCGUCGACAUUCGUGUGAGGGUGAAGGGAGGUGGCCAUGUGGCGCAGAUUUACGCCAUUCGCCAAUCCAUCUCCAAGGCACUUGUCGCCUACUACCAGAAGUAUGUGGACGAAGCCUCCAAGAAGGAAAUCAAGGACAUCCUGACACAGUACGACCGUACUCUGCUGGUUGCCGACCCUCGCCGCUGUGAGCCCAAGAAGUUUGGUGGCCCCGGCGCUCGUGCCCGCUACCAGAAGUCCUACCGAUAAACCUUCUCGGCGUCGUGGCUCCGCUGCCAAAUUCGUAAUAAAAGCGGAUGCGUUGACAGCUUC